AUGAGCGGCCCUAUAGACUUCUCCCAUCUGUUCAACUCCUCUGAAAACUCCGACAUCAAGCUCAGAAUGGUCUUGGCGGCGCCAGCAGGGCCCGACGCGCCCGCCGCCAAGCGGCAGCGCACACGGACGGGGGACCACGCUGCCGCAAAUGCGGCGCCCCAGGGCGCUGCCUCUCCCACUGAGGGGCGGCCUCAGCGGGAUCAGCGGCGGCCCCCCAGGGCCGUGCUGCGCGAGUUUGACGCGCACUCAGUACUCCUUGACGAGUCCAGCGACUACAUCAAGGGCAUGCCGGACUGGGGCCAGGACGAGCCGGGCGUGGUGGACAUCGAGGUUGAGGACGAGGGCGAGGUGGAAGCUGCCGAGCUGCUGCUCAAGACCUUCUACAGCACCGUGGACGCCGGCAAGCCGCUGCGGGGCGCCAGCCAGGCCACCCUGCUGCAGGUGCUGCUUCUGGCUGACCGCCUCUGUGCAGAGCGCGCUGUGGGCGCCGCAGUGCACGUGCUGCUCAGCGCACCCGCGGAUGGCGCCACCGGCCCCCUUCACUGGGACACUGUGACAGCGGUGUACCGGCUGCCCCCGGCCCUGGCCGACAACCCGGUGCUCAAGCCGCUGUUCGACGCAGCGGCCUUCGGGCUGCAUCAGCGGCUGGGCGACCUGGACGCCGCCUGGCUUGACACCAGCUGCAGGGCGCAGCUGCUGGCGCUGCCAUUUGCGGCCCUGCGGCAGCUGCUCAGCGACGAGCGCACGCGCGUGAGCAGUGAGAACACUGUGGUGUACACAGUGGCAGCCUGGGUCAAGCAGAACGCCAGCAGCAGCGCAGAGCAGCACGCCGAGCUGGCGCAGUGCGUGCGGGCGCCGCGGCUGACGCCGCUGUACAGCGCGGCCUUCGGCGCGCAGCUGCUGACCAGCUGGUCGCCGGCCAUCAGCGCUGCUGACAUGCACUACGCGCUGGCUUCUGCAGGGCUGCCUGCAGCGGACAAGGCAAAAGCCAUGUCAGAUCUGCUCCAGUACAGUCACCUGCCCCUGGCACGACAUGCAGCCUGGCGGCUGCUGCAGCGGCCCACCUCCCGCGUGACGGAGGCUGCGCUGGAGCUGAGGCCGUUGCAGAAGCUGGCAGUGCCGUGUCGGCGCAAGUCAGGCGUGAGAUAG